AUGUAUCGUUGCGCCACUGGGAAGCUCUCCCUGAGAGCUGUUCAGGCUUCAAAAUCAUAUUCGACCUCUUCGAGCCCUCGCACCCUUGCCGGAGCUCGCCAGAAUGCCCUGGUCGCGGGAAGAAAACCUUUGGCCGUCGUGGCUCGGAGCUCACUGCAGCGCAGGAGUUACGCCAUGUCGGCAGAGGACACCAACAAAGGCGUCGACCCAAACGACUCCUUUCUCCAGGGAAACACCGCCAACUACAUUGACGAGAUGUACUUGGCCUGGAAACAAGAUCCUACCUCAGUCCACGUCUCGUGGCAGGCCUAUUUUCACAACAUGGAGGAAGGCAAGAUGCCCAUUUCCCGAGCCUUCCAGCCUCCCCCCGGUCUACUAUCGCAAGCCGAAGGGGCAGCCAGCAUUGCCCCAAGCGCAGUCGCCGCAGGUGGGGAAGAUAUUAGCAAACAUCUGAAAGUCCAGUUGCUGGUCCGAGCAUACCAAGCAAGAGGUCAUCAUAAGGCAAAGACCGAUCCUCUUGGUAUCCGCGGCGAGGCUGAAGCCUUUGGCUAUCGCAGGCCUAAGGAGCUGGAGCUCGACCACUACGGAUUCACUGAGGCCGACUUGGACCAAGAAUUCAGCCUGGGACCGGGUAUUCUCCCGCGUUUCGCUACUGAGACCAGACAGAAGAUGAAGCUGCGCGAUAUUAUUGCUGCUUGCGAAAAGACCUACUGUGGCUCGUAUGGCGUCGAAUACAUCCAUAUCCCGGACCGAGAACAAUGCGACUGGAUACGCAGCAGAAUCGAAGUUCCCAACCCGUUCCGCUACACUGUCGACGAAAAGCGACGCAUUCUCGACCGACUGAUCUGGAGUUCCAGCUUCGAAUCUUUCUUGGCCACCAAAUACCCCAACGACAAGCGUUUCGGUCUGGAAGGCUGCGAAUCUCUGGUUCCAGGUAUGAAGGCGAUGAUUGACCGCAGCGUCGACUAUGGUAUCAAGGAUAUCGUCAUUGGCAUGCCGCACAGAGGAAGACUGAACGUCUUGAGCAACGUGGUCCGCAAACCAAACGAGUCGAUAUUUAGUGAAUUUUCCGGAACCACUGAAGCUAGUGAUGAAGGGUCCGGCGACGUCAAGUACCACUUGGGUAUGAAUUUCGAACGUCCAACUCCUUCUGGCAAGCGUGUGCAACUCUCGCUCGUGGCCAACCCGUCUCAUCUGGAAGCCGAAGAUCCAGUUGUGUUGGGAAAGACUCGUGCCAUUCAGCACUAUAACAACGACGAAACCAAGCAUCAAACCGCCAUGGGCGUAUUGCUACAUGGUGAUGCUGCUUUUGCCGCCCAGGGUGUCGUUUACGAGACCCUCGGUUUCUAUGCUCUCCCUGCCUACUCCACCGGUGGUACUAUCCACAUCAUUGUCAACAACCAAAUCGGUUUCACGACUGAUCCUCGUUUUGCUCGAUCUACUCCUUACUGUUCCGACAUCGCGAAGGCCAUUGACGCUCCGGUGUUUCACGUCAAUGGCGAUGAUGUGGAAGCCGUUAACUUCGUCUGUCAACUAGCCGCAGAUUGGCGCGCUGAUUUCAAGAAGGACUGUGUUGUUGACAUUGUCUGCUACCGAAAACAGGGCCACAACGAAACUGACCAGCCAUCCUUCACCCAGCCACUUAUGUACAAGCGGAUCGAGUCCAUUAAACCUGUGCUCGACAAAUAUGUCGCCAAGUUGUUGGAGGAAGGCACCUUUACCAAAGAAGAUAUCGACGAGCAUAAGAAGUGGGUGUGGGGCAUGCUCAAUGACAGCUUUGACCGAAGCAAGGAGUAUCAGCCCACUGGCAAGGAAUGGUUGACCUCGGCCUGGAACGGCUUCAAGUCACCCAAGGAGCUUGCCACUGAGGUGCUUCCCCACCCACCAACUGGCGUUCCUGUAGAAGUUCUGAAGGAGAUUGGCAGCAAGAUCGGCUCUGCUCCUGAGGGCUUCACUGUUCAUCGUAACCUCAAACGUAUUCUCGCCGGCAGGAAGAAAGCCGUUGAUGACGGUAAGGGCAUCGACUGGGCUACUGCCGAGGCCCUUGCCUUUGGUACUCUCUGCUUGGAAGGUCACCACGUUCGCGUGUCUGGUCAAGAUGUUGAACGUGGUACGUUUUCUCAACGUCACGCCGUGUUGCACGAUCAGGAGACUGAAUCGACAUGGACCCCACUGAACAACCUGUCCAAGGAGCAAGGCGCUUUCUCCAUCUCCAACUCAUCCCUGAGUGAAUUUGGUGUGCUCGGUUUCGAGUAUGGCUACUCCCUGUCCUCACCCAAUGCGCUCGUCAUGUGGGAGGCUCAGUUCGGCGACUUUGCCAACAAUGCUCAAUGUGUGAUCGAUCAAUUCAUCGCAUCUGGUGAAGUCAAGUGGUUGCAAAGAUCUGGUCUUGUCUGCUCUCUGCCUCACGGUUACGACGGACAAGGACCCGAACACUCGUCCGGUCGCAUAGAACGAUAUCUUCAGCUAUGUAACGAGGAGCCUCGAGUGUUCCCGUCGCCAGAAAAAUUGGACAGACAACACCAAGAUUGCAACAUGCAGGUGGCGUACAUGACCUCGCCUGCCAACUAUUUCCACAUUCUGCGGAGACAAAUGAAUCGACAAUUCCGGAAACCAUUGAUCGUUUUCUUCUCGAAAUCGCUUCUGCGACAUCCUAUCGCGCGUUCAGACCUCGAGGAUUUCACUGGCGAGUCUCACUUCCAAUGGAUUAUCCCGGAUCCAGAACAUGGUAAGGGGAUCGCUGAACCUGACGAGAUCGACCGUGUCGUCAUCUGUACCGGUCAGGUCUACGCUGCGCUGUCCAAGCACCGUGCCGAAAAGGGCAUCAAGAACACCGCAAUUACCCGCAUCGAGCAGCUCAACCCAUUCCCCUGGCAACAACUCAAGGAGAAUCUCGACACCUACAAGAACGCAAAGACCAUCGUUUGGUGUCAGGAAGAGCCUCUCAACGCGGGUGCUUGGAGUUUUGUUCAACCACGUAUCGAGACUCUCCUCAAUGCGACUGAACACCAUAACCGGAGACACGUUAUGUAUGCAGGUCGCGACCCUAGCGCAUCUGUCGCAACAGGUCUCAAGGCCAGCCACGUCAAGGAAGAGCAGGCAUUGCUCGAGGAGGCUUUCAAGGUGACGCAAGACAAGUUGAAGGGCGAGUGA